GGAGGGGCCUGUCCGGUGUUUGGGGGGGCGGUCCCGGUGUUUCGGGAGGGGGGGGCGGGACCGACGCUUCUGCGCAGCCGCCGCCAUGGCCGAACGGCUCCGCGUCUCCGUGCUCUACUGUGGAGCCUGAGGCUACAGCCCCAAGUACCAACAGCUCAAGCAGGAGCUGGAGAGGCGCUUCCCGGGCGCGCUGGAGGUGAGCGGCCAGGGGACGCGGGAGGUGACAGGAUGGUUUGAAGUGACGGUGGGGGGACGCCUGGUCCACUCCAAGAAGAACGGCGACGGCUUCGUCGACACUGACGCCAAGCUCCACAAGAUCAUGGCCGCCAUCAAAACCCAGCUGGCGCAAACCGCGGCGCGAAGGUAACGGCGCGAAGGUAACGGCACCGCGACGCCGCCUCUGACCCCCCCCGCGUCCCCCCCCGCGCCGGCACAACGCUCCAUGACGGGAACCGCCAAAACGCCCCCCGGGCACCGGGCGCUUUCCAGAAGCUUCCGCGCAAGAUGCCGGUGCUGGGGGGGGGGGGCGGCGGGGCCGUGGAGCUUCGUGUGUGUCCCCCCCAGCCCCCCCUGCACUAACCGCCUUCUCCGAUGCUCCUUUUCAUCGCACUGGUUUCGUUUGGGUUUUGUUUCCCUCGCUCAUCCGUUUUCGCCAAGCCUGCCGGGUUGAAAAAUAAGGGUCAAAAAGCUUCAAAACCGGAGAAAUUAGACACUAAUUUAAUUACUUCCCCACCUGCCCGGCAGCAGCUGGACCCCCGAUUCCCACCCCCCCGUUCCAGUCGCCUUCUGUAACGUUUUGUGGCCUUUCUGGAAUAAAGUUGUGGAAAAUGUGA